UUUUACUGUCUGCUUUGCAAUUAUUGCUCAAUGGCCUCAAUGCUUAGUGUAAAUCUGUUAGGUGUCAAGAAUAAAGAAUAAGGUGUGUGACAAAAUAAAUCUUAAUUGAACUUCAGAUAUUUCAUAAAAAUACGUCAAAAGGCGAAAACUCAUCACAUAUUCACAGAUCCUAUGGUAGCCCUCCUCAUUUAGUGUUCAAUCAUGUUUCAUCGACUGAAGGAGGGUAUCUUAAACUAUUCAAACAAACCAAUGGCAGGAGAAGACUGGAAGAAAGCUUCAUCUGUCUAUGAUUUCACAGCGAAAACUAUUAAGGGCGAAGAAGUUUCACUGGAAAAAUACAAGGGACAUCCUCUGAUUAUUGUCAAUGUUGCUUCCGAGUGUGGACUCACUGCUACCAACUACAAGGAGUUGGCAGAGCUUUAUGAGAAAUACAAAGACACCAAAGGUCUGAGAAUAUUAGGCUUUCCUUGCAAUCAAUUUGCUCAUGAGGAGACAGGGUCGUCCUGAAGACAUUGUGUGGUUUUGCUUUGAACCGCAAUGCUAACUUUGACCUCUUCGAGAAGGUGAAAGUCAAUGGAGAGGAAGC